UUCAAGAUCACAUGUACUGGCAUGGAGCUGAAAAAAAAAGGUUUUAAAAAGGUUUGUGUCCAUGCUGUCUUCACAAAUCCCUCUCUGCCUCCAUCUCAACCUUUCAACCUCCUGAACUGUCAUACAAUUUUGCCAACAUGGCAAGGCUCAGACAGGCAAUGGAUCUCCUCAUGGACACCUUCCAAGAGUAUGCGGGAAGAGAAAAAGACAGCACAAUGACCAUGAUAGAACUUGUUAAACUGCUCCGUAAAGAGUUUCCUGAUGAAGAGAAAAGCUUAUCUGCAGUGAGCACUCUCUUCUGCAAGAUGGAUGAGGACAGUAAUGGUGUUGUUUCUUUCAAGGAGUUUGUCAACAUUGUGACGGAAGUCAAACUGAUAAGCUUCCAGCAGAGGGUGGCAUGUCUGCGGUGAGGUCUCUCUUCAAAAAGUUGGAUGAGGACAGUGAUGGUGAUGUUACUUUCAAGGAGUUUGUCUCUAUUGUAAUAUGGAGCUACAUUAGGGUCAAAAGUUUUGUGCUUGAAAAAAUAAAAUUUGAAACUGAAAAUUCAUGUGUUGAUCUUGAAUUUUGAAAAAUACAACAAUGUAUUCAAAAUAAAAAUAAGUGUAUGAAACGUUUUUUCAGGUUAAAUAUAAUUUUGAUUCACUUUGGUAAUUCUUUUGAAUAAAUCAUUUAUUUUCACUUUUCACUUCCAUAUAUAUUUGAUCAUUUGAGGUCUUAUUUUUUCAGUUGCAUGUUUUAUUUUUUCAGAUUCGGAUCUUAUUUUUUACAGUUUCAAAUCUGAUUUUUUCAGUUUCAAAUCUUUUUUUCACUUUCAGAUCUUUUUUUUCAGUUUCAAAUCAUUAUUAUUAUUCUAUCAAUAUUAUCAUUAUUAAACAAAGUCUAGCAUUACAUUCAAAGCUUUCAAUAUAAAAAUACAAUUUUCCAGACUGAGCAUUUACAGCAUAUUUGUAACAGUACAUAUAUCAAAAAUAAAAUAAAAUAAAUAACUAAAAUGGGAGUCAGAGGUCGUUAUCUCAUUCAUAUAAACUGAGAACAGUGGGUGGCUCUUCAUGAAUCUGUAUCUGUGGAUAAAUUGUUUUGCAAUAAUAAUUAAACUGUUAUACAUCA